AAUGGAUGAGGUUGUUUCUUCAUUACAAGGCAUAGCAGACAAUGAACUCUGCCACAUAACAGAAGAUAUUACUCCAGCUAUAUCAGAUUCAAGAAUUGGGCCACAAAUAAAUGGUUCAAAAGGUCCAACAAUAAAAGAAGCUGGUCAGCCAAAUCAGGAAGACGAGCAAAUGGAGAGCAUAUUCAGUGGGGAGAAGUUAAGGCUAACAGUUGAGAAUAAUCUCUUUAACAUAACAGACCAGCGAAACUCUGAUAAACUGAGACAUAAUGAAGAACAGAUGCAAAGCAGGUCCCGAGGAGAGGAGAGUAGCUCAGGAAAGAUGAUCACCAAUGACCACACAAUGGAUGAGACAGAAGUUGAUCAGCCGAGUGAGUUUGAAGAACAGAUUCGAAGCACUCUACAUAUGGAGGGCAUCACAAGGCCGAAAAUUAGUGUUGAUGGCAUUAUAGGUCACACAAAAGUUGACCAACUGAGCCAUGAUCAAGACGAAGGACAAAACAUUGCUGAAAUGGAGAUAGGCUUAAUACCAGCAACUAUCAGUGCAAUGAUAGAUCAAGUAGAAGUAGAUCAACCGGUCCAGGAUAAAACACAAACCCAGAGAAGCUGCCAUGAUAGUUUACAGGAUGGAUGCCAAGGUGAAAUAAUUUUAGAGAAUUCGAAGUCCUCUGCAUGCUCUAUUUGCAAAAGUAGACGACCAAACAAUGCAUGGUCAGAAGACUUUACUUAUGAUGAACUGCUAAAAGCUACAGAAGCAUUUUCCAUUGAUAACUCUCUAUCUGAAAAUGAAGAUGGACCUACUUUCCAAGGCCUGCUAGAGAGACAGAUAAAAAUAGUUGUUAAAAAAUAUCAAAUUAAUUCCUCCCAAGAAGAGAAGAUAAUAAAGUCAGAAGCAAAGUUGUUCAUCAGUGCUAGACAUAAAAAUGUGGUCAUGCUGUUGGGUUUAUGCACAAAUAAAAGCCAACUGAUGGUUGUGUUUGAGAAAGUAUGCAACGGUUCACUUGACAAAUACCUAACAAGGGGAAGUUUCCUGUCAUUGAAUUGGAAGCAAAGGCUGAAAGUAGCAAUGGGUACUGCCAGAGGUUUAAAAUACCUACAUGGGAAAGAUAUAAUCCAUGGAAAUCUAAAACCAAAUAAUAUUCUUCUAACACAUGAGUUUGAACCACUGAUAGGAGAUUUCUUCUUCGGACAAGAGAAAGUUGGACCAAAGAAAUCCAGCAAAGAUAUAAGUAUAAGAAAUUCUGGAUAUGCAGCACCUGAAUAUCUGGAGAAUGGAAAACUAUCAAAUAAGACAGAUGUGUACUCCUUUGGAUUGGUUCUAUUAGAGCUGAUCAGUGGCAGGAGGGCUACUGACAAAUCACCAAGUGGAAAAAGCCUUGUUAGCUGGGCAAGGCCUCUCCUAAAAGGAAAGAAGUACCCACAGUUGUUGGAUGUGAAAAUCAAUAACUCCUAUGAAGAAGAAAAACUUGUAUGGUUGGUCCAAGUAACAGAGCAAUGUCUCAGAAAGAAUCCUAAGGAAAGAUUGACAAUGAAUAUGGUUGUGUCUUCAUUACAAGGUAUAGAAGAAUCAGCUGAGUGCUGUGUAACUGAAGAUUCUUCUCCAGAAAAUUCAUAUUUAAAUGACCCUCCCAUGACUAGUACACAAGGCCAAAUGAAGGCCGAACCAGUGAAGAAGCAGAAAGAAGAAUGGAUUGACAGAAACCUACACGAGGAGGAAAGCAGCUCAAAAUUGAGAGUCAAAACAAAUCACUUGAUAGGUCAUGGAAAUGAAGAUCAGAUGAUACAGGGUGGAGAAGAUGUGCAGAGAAGUCCCCAUGAGGAGAUGUUCAGAGUAACAACUAUCAGCAAUGACAUGAUUGAUCAGAUAAACCCUGACCAACAAAUCCAGGAAAAACUGAAUAUCAACGGAAGCUUUGACAUAGAAGAAACGGGUAAAAUAGUAGAUAAGCAACAAAAGUCGAGCAAGGAUAAAAAACAAAUAGAGGGAAGCUGUGAUGAUAGUUUGUUAAAUGAGAAUGAAGGGAAAAUCAUUUUGGAAAAUUCUAAGUCUUCUGCUUGCUCAGUCUGCAAAAGUAUGCGUCCAAACAGUAAAUUGCAAAGGAAAUAUACUUAUGAAGAGCUUCAAGCUUCUACAGAAGGAUUUUCAAUUAAGUAUUCUCUAUGUGAAGGUGAAUAUGGACCUGCUUUUAGAGGCCAACUAGAUAAUAACCAGGAAAUAGUCAUUAAGCAGCAAGCAUUCACAAGCUUACAGGAACAGAAGGUGUUCAUGUCAGAAUUCCAAUUGCUCAUAAAUGCUAGACAUGAAAACGUGAUCAUGCUUUUGGGUUCAUGUAUACGAUUAAGUCAAUUGCUGAUUGUGUAUGAGAAGGCAUGCAACGGUUCACUUGACCAGUACUUAUCAAGAAAAAAUGGUAGAUCAUUGACUUGGAGAGAAAGGAUGAAAGUUGCAAUAGGUGUUGCCCGAGGUCUAAAGUAUCUACAUGAGAAUAAUAUAGUACAUGGAGGAAUAAAACCAAGUAACAUUCUUCUAAAUCAUGACUUCAACCCACUGGUUGGAGAUUUUGUGUUUGGAAAAGAAAGAUGUGAAUUGAAGAAUCCAAGCAGGCUUAAGAGUUUGAGGAAUUGUGGACGCACUGCACCAGAGUGUCAGGAGAGUGGAAAACAAUCAACUAAGGCAGAUGUAUACUCUUUUGGUGUAGUUCUUCUGGAGUUGAUCACUGGUCGUAUGAUUACAGAAAAAGUAUCAGACACCAAAUGUCCUGUUGAAUGUAUAAGGUCACUUCUUGAAGGACGAAAGUAUCUACAGUUGGUGGAUCCCAAAGUCAGCAGUUCCUAUGAUGAACAAAAACUAGUUUCAUUGGUCCACGUAUUAGAAAAUUGUUUGAGAAAGAAUCCAAAGGAAAGGUUCACAAUGGAUAUGGUUGUCUCUGCACUGCCAUCUAUAGUAGAUUUCAAUGAUAUACAUUCAAAGGAAGACUUUUCACCAGAAAACUCAAAGGUUUCAGAUGUAACAAACUCAAAAGUUGAGGAGGAACCACUAAAUGAAGAAGAUUUAGGCACAGAGCAUAGUGAGGGAAGAGAGGACAACAUAACUUGCAGUGGAGGCAAUGAAACAGAAAUUUGUCAAGGGUGUGACAGAAACCCAACUUGUUGUGAAAAUAGAAAGGAAACAGAAGAAAAGCAAAGCUUAAGCACCAAGGUAUCUUGGGAAGGGUGCUUAUCUUAUGGUGGAGCUAAAGAAUUUUAUAACGAAGGGGCCAAAGAGUACACAGCAUGUGAAGAAUUUUUCGUCUGGUGUGAUUUAAUUUGA